UAUCUCUGAUGAUAAAGACGUCGGAUCUGUCGGCCGCGGUGGACAGCGGCCAACAUGUCGUCGAGCAAAGUUUGGGUUGUUCUUCCCCCGACCCACUCUUUACCAUCCUGGGCUUCUGCAAAAACUCGGUGAAAUCAAGCAGUGUCGCUCGACUCCGCUUGCCACCCACGUUGUGGCUCCGUCGAAGCUGAUUUGCAUCGGGUGUCGGCUCCGGUCUGUAGUGCAAGACUUCGAGUUCUCGAUAUUGCAUCCCAAUUCCCUGCGGCCAAACAUAACACUCUACAGACUACAGUAUCACACUCUGAUUCUCGGCCCCCAUGGUUCAAUAACACUGGCUUUUCGCUGCUACGGUUUCGUACGCGGCUUGGCGUAGUAGAAGGCAUUGCUGCAUCUGUCAAUGUCUAUUGUGGACGAAACAAGCAGCGAGCUUGACCACGGUCAUUAAAAAGAGCAAAAAUGCCGACUUUGGCGGUCACCAACUUCAACAUUGCCGUCAGCGUCCUCGGAGGAUGGAUCUCGUUGUUCGGCUUGGUUUCGUACCUCUGCAAAGAGAGCCUCUACCUUUCUGAAGCUCUCAUCUCGCUCCUCGCCGGCGUCGCCUUCUCGCCGCGUGCGGCCAACCUGAUCCGGCCGCUCGAGUAUGGCCUGGGUUCUGAGGAAAACCUCGAUGCCAUCACUCUGAACUUCUCACGCCUGGUGCUCGGCGUGCAGCUCGUCCUGGCCGGCGUCCAGCUGCCGAGCCGGUACCUGAAGAAGCAGUGGAAGCCCCUGGCCAUCCUGGUCGGCCCCAUCAUGACGGCCAUGUGGGUGGCCACGAGCCUGCUCGUCUGGGGGCUCGUCCCGGGCCUCACUAUCCUCCAGGCGCUGGCCAUCGGCGCGUGCGUGACACCCACCGACCCCGUGCUGUCGGCCGUCAUCGUCAAGGGCCGCUUCGCCGACAACAACCUGCCCAAGGAGCUGCAGCAUCUCAUCACGGCCGAGUCCGGCGCCAACGACGGGCUGGGCUACCCGUUCCUCUUCUUCGCGCUGUACUUGAUCAAGUACGUGGGCAGCGACGGGUCGUCGGCCGGCGGUGCCGCGGGCGCGGGCACGGCCAUGGGCCUCUGGUUCGGCGAAACGUGGGGGUACACGGUCCUGCUCAGCAUCGUCUACGGCGCGGCGGUGGGCUGGCUGGCCAAGCGGCUGCUGCACUGGGCCGAGGAGCGCAAGUGGGUCGACCGCGAGAGCUUCCUCGUCUUUGCCAUCUCGCUGGCGCUCUUUAUUCUGGGCACGUGCGGCAUGAUUGGCAGCGACGACGUGCUCGCCUGCUUCAUUGCGGGCAAUGUCUUCACUUGGGACGACUGGUUCCGGCUCGAGACGGCCGAUGACUCGCUGCAGCCCACCAUCGACAUGCUGCUCAACGUCUCCGUUUUUAUGUGGUUUGGUGCCGUGUGCCCAUGGGACGCGUUUGUGCACAACUCGUCCGUGUCCAUCGGUAGGCUUGUUGCCUUGGGCAUUUUGGUGCUCUUGUUUCGGCGGCUGCCGUGGGUGUUUGCGGUGCACCGAUUCAUACCCCAGAUCGAGGCAGUCAAGCAGGCGAUAUAUGUCGGCUUCUUCGGCCCGGUAGGGGUAUCGGCCAUCUUUUACCUUUACAUUACCCUAGAGUUUCUGCAUACAAUAGAAGUAGACGGCGAGCUUCGGGAGGAUGUCAGGAAGAUGCCGGAACAAGUUUCUGUGGUGGUGUGGUUCAUAGCAAUCUGCAGCAUUGUGGUCCACGGGCUCACGGUUCCGCUAGGAAGGCUGUGGUUCUAUAUCCCACAGACCCUCUCACGGGGUGGGCGGUCAACUGACGCUGGAACUGACGUGCCUCCCUUCACGCUUGGCAGCAGAGUGACCACGUUUGCCAUUCGUCGGCCAAGAUCAAGCGGGGAACUACAGGUUUCCCUGAGAGCCGCUCCACCCGAGCCCGAGCGACCCGUCUUUAGGGUCGGCGGUAAUGUCAUCCCCAAGCGUCAUGAGGGCGCAGAGGCGGAGGUCGGGGAGGUGAGGAUUCGAGCAGAGGGGCCGGAGUCGAGCGAAACGGUCACGAGUAGCGCUGCGGAAACGGUGCGAGUGUCGUUUGCCCAACCUCCGACUCCUCGCAAUGGCGAAGCGCGGACCCUCGAAGCAGAGGCAACGACAAAAUCGACUGCUCAGCAAUGAUAGAGUUAGGGGUACACCCCUGGCAGGCUAUUCGCAUCGCUGUGUUCACUUAAGGGGCAGAGUACAGGCCGCAUCACGUACCGCGCCAGGAGCAGCCUCGCGGUCCUAAAAGCCGGCGGUUUGCCCGUCGAGAUACAUAGUUAAAGUUAUUCUUGAGCCCGCGGGAAUCGGCUACGGCCGAUUCACCGAUGCUUCUGGAUCCCACUAGGACAUGCACGCAGCAGUUGAGACCCUGUAGCAGCGCAUAUGCCCUUAGCCGAGUUCGGCACAAUAUAUGCAAUGUACAUAAUAUAAUGUAGUGUGAAACC